AUGGAGUCUGUAAAACAAAGGAUUUUGGUCCCAGGAAAAGAGGGGCUAAAGAAUUUUGCUGGAAAAUCCCUCGGCCAGAUCUACAGGGUGCUAGAGAAGAAGCAAGAGACCGGGGAGACCAUCGAGCUGACGGAGGAUGGGAAGCCCCUGGAGGUGCCUGAGAAGAAGGGGCCGCUGUGCGACUGCACGUGCUUCGGCCUGCCGCGCCGCUACAUCAUCGCCAUCAUGAGCGGCCUGGGCUUCUGCAUCUCCUUCGGUAUCCGCUGCAACCUGGGCGUGGCCAUCGUGGACAUGGUCAAUAACAGCACCAUCCACCGCGGGGGCAAGGUCAUCAAGGAGAAAGCCAAAUUCAACUGGGACCCGGAAACCGUGGGGAUGAUCCACGGUUCCUUCUUUUGGGGCUACAUCAUCACCCAGAUCCCGGGCGGCUACAUCGCGUCUCGGCUGGCAGCCAACAGGGUUUUUGGAGCUGCCAUACUUCUUACCUCUACCCUAAACAUGCUGAUCCCUUCAGCAGCCAGAGUGCAUUAUGGAUGUGUCAUCUUUGUUAGAAUAUUGCAGGGACUUGUUGAGGGAGUUACCUACCCAGCAUGUCAUGGAAUAUGGAGCAAAUGGGCCCCUCCUCUAGAGAGGAGUAGAUUGGCAACCACUUCCUUUUGUGGUUCCUAUGCUGGAGCUGUGAUUGCAAUGCCUUUAGCUGGCAUUCUUGUACAGUACACUGGCUGGUCUUCAGUAUUUUAUGUCUAUGGAAGCUUUGGAAUGGUCUGGUACAUGUUUUGGCUUUUGGUGUCUUAUGAGAGCCCUGCAAAGCAUCCUACUAUUACAGAUGAAGAACGUAGGUACAUAGAAGAAAGCAUUGGAGAGAGUGCAAAUCUUUUAGGUGCAAUGGAAAAAUUUAAGACGCCAUGGAGAAAAUUUUUUACAUCUAUGCCAGUCUAUGCAAUAAUUGUUGCAAACUUCUGCAGAAGCUGGACUUUUUAUUUAUUGCUUAUCAGUCAACCAGCAUAUUUUGAGGAAGUCUUUGGAUUUGAAAUUAGCAAGGUUGGCAUGCUGUCUGCUGUGCCACACUUAGUAAUGACAAUUAUUGUGCCCAUCGGAGGGCAAAUUGCAGAUUUUCUAAGAAGCAAGCAAAUUCUUUCAACUACCACAGUAAGAAAGAUCAUGAAUUGUGGUGGUUUUGGCAUGGAAGCCACACUGCUUCUGGUUGUUGGCUAUUCUCAUACUAGAGGUGUAGCUAUCUCAUUCUUGGUACUUGCAGUGGGAUUCAGUGGAUUUGCUAUAUCUGGUUUCAAUGUUAAUCACUUGGAUAUUGCUCCAAGAUAUGCCAGUAUUUUAAUGGGCAUUUCGAAUGGUGUCGGCACAUUGUCAGGAAUGGUUUGCCCUAUCAUUGUUGGUGCAAUGACAAAGAAUAAGUCACGUGAAGAGUGGCAGUAUGUCUUCCUGAUCGCUGCCCUAGUCCACUAUGGCGGAGUUAUAUUUUAUGCAAUAUUUGCCUCAGGAGAGAAGCAACCCUGGGCAGACCCUGAGGAAACAAGUGAAGAAAAAUGUGGAUUUAUCCAUGAAGAUGAACUUGAUGAAGAAACAGGGGACAUUACUCAAAAUUAUAUAAAUUAUGGUACCACCAAGUCUUAUGGUGCCACAACACAGGCCAAUGGAGGUUGGCCCAAUGGUUGGGAAAAGAAAGAGGAAUUUGUGCAAGAUGAAGUACAAGACUCAUAUACCUAUAAGAACCGAGAUGAUUAUUCGUAA